CUGGUGAGCAGCAGCACGGCCAGAGAGGCGCCUCUGCGGGAGAUUCCGGCCCACACCCCACUGAGCGCACUGCGAGGGGCCGCCGAUAUCUGCAUCUGGGGCAGGAGAGGUGAUGGCGAGGCGUGGCGCGCAGGACAGCAGCCGCACGGCCGGCCACCAUCGGCGCUUGCACCGCAGCACCAGCAGCCACGCGCCUCGGAGGGGCGUCCGACGCUUGCCCUGCACUGCGCUAUGAGCGUGCUCGGCUCGGCAGUCGCACCGCCUCCCUCGCAGCAGCACGACGCAAGCAUGACCGGCCUCAGCGCGAGCAGAGAGAUGAAGGGAGCCGCGGGACCCCACGUGGGUCCGCGCCUGUGCCCGAGGGUGCCGUGCGGCUGCCGGCCACGCCUUGCUCUUGCUCCUGCUUGGCGGAGAAUUGGCAGAGGAAGGAAGACGUGCCGUGCGCACCAGCCAAGAGCAACAGUGAAAGGCUCCGACCGCGGCUCGGCGCGACCUCGUGCCUCUGCUGCUGCUACUGCUGCUGCUGCGUGCUGCCGCAGCCACGCCGUGCGUGCCGGCUGAGGAUC